CGCUCGCUCUCCUCUCUCGUGACUUUCACCCCCCCUUUCCCUUCCCUUCCCUUCCCUUCCCGUUCUCGCACGGCACUGAGCGGUGGAGUCCAUUCCAGUCCGGGCCCGGAUCCAUCCCUCCAGGAUCGCGCCGGCCACAAGUUCGCCUCUCCCCUCUGACGCACUUUAAAGAGUCUCCCCCUUCCACCUCCGGGCGAGUAAUAGCGACCAAUCAUCAAGCCAUUUACCAGGCUUCAGAGGAAGCUGUUUAUGUGAUCCUCGGCACUAAUUAGGCUCAUGAACUAACAAAUCGUUUGCACCACUUUGGGCAAAGGGACCCGAUCGCAAGCUCGCUCGCUCGCGCUCUCGCCUCGUUCUCGCUGGAUUGCCGCUGGACGUCGCCGGGGCCGCCUUGGGCGCUGCACAAAAAAGGACAAGACGGAGGUGCGGGAGGGAAGGGAGGAGGAGGCUGCGGAGGAGAAGGGGGCAAAAAGAAGAAAGGCAGAACUUCGCCCAGCAACUUUUUCUCUUCCCCACUUCGCUUUCCCGUCGGGCGGAUGAAGUGAGUGCAGAGCUUUGCAGAGCGCUCGCCUCUCCAUGUGGCCGCACGGCUCUCUUGCUGCUGCUGCCGUUGCCUUCACGGGCGGCUGCCAGGCUGCUAGGCUCUGGAUCUAGGCGGGCCCGGCGCCCCGAUCGUCUCCGCCGGACCUCGACGCCUCCGAAGAGGAGCCGCGGGCGCAGCGGAGGGCGCGCCUGCCGCCCGGAGGCCCCGGUGCCGGGCGCUUAGCCGCCAGGAUGUUUCAACCGGCGCCGAAGCGCUGCUUCACCAUCGAGUCUCUGGUGGCCAAAGACAGCCCUGCGUUGCCCGCCUCACGCGCCGAGGAUCCCAUCCGGCCGGCGGCGCUGAGUUAUGCCAACGCAAGCCCCAUGAACCCUUUCCUCAACGGCUUCCACUCGGGCGGCCGCGGCGUCUACUCCAACCCGGACUUGGUCUUCGCAGAGGCCGUCUCGCACCCGCCCAAUCCGGCCGCCGUCCCGGUGCACCCGGUGCCCCCGCCUCACGCCCUGGCCGCUCAUCCGCUGCCGGCCUCACACUCCCCGCACCCGCUCUUCGCCUCGCAGCAAAGGGACCCCUCUACUUUCUACCCUUGGCUAAUACACCGAUAUAGAUAUCUGGGUCAUCGGUUCCAAGGCAAUGAAACCAGCCCGGAGAGUUUCCUCUUGCACAAUGCACUAGCCAGGAAGCCCAAACGGAUCCGCACCGCCUUUUCUCCUUCCCAGUUACUGAGACUGGAGCACGCUUUUGAGAAAAAUCACUACGUCGUAGGGGCAGAGAGGAAGCAACUGGCGCACAGCCUCAGUCUCACAGAAACUCAGGUAAAAGUUUGGUUUCAGAACCGAAGGACAAAGUUCAAGCGGCAGAAGUUGGAAGAGGAAGGCUCGGACUCCCAACAAAAGAAAAAGGGGACUCAUCAUAUUAACCGGUGGAGGAUCGCCACCAAACAAGCCAGCCCGGAGGAGAUCGACGUCACGUCGGACGAUUAAAUAAUCUCCUACUUUUUUUAAAAAAAGAACACAAUAAUAGUAAUAAUAAGACGACGAAGCGGCGGCGGCAAAACUCCCGGCUGGCACUUAACAGACUUUCCCACGAACAACUCAAGUGUUAAAGGCUCGCGACAACCGCAGGAAAGUGAGUGGCGCGGCCAGGGCGAGGGACAGCAAACCGGCUGGAUCCCACCAGGCGAUUCUCGUUUUUCUGUUUUUUUCCCCCCCUUUCUGUUUUGUUUCUGUUUUAGAGAGGGGAAGUUUGAGGGGGGCGAGAGCCGGCCGGCCAGUUUAAGCCAGCCCAAAAGUCAGUCCAUAAAGGGUAGGGGCCUUGGUUGGUCCUGCAUUGGUACAAUUUUGUUUUAAGCGCAAAAAAGAGAAGGGGGAGGGGAAUCUGUCAAUCAAAGCCAAACCACCAAGACGAGGUGAUUGACCAAUAUUCCGUUUCUCGCCAUUCGAACUCAAAUCGCUCCAAAUUUUUAAAGGGAUCGCAUACACGCGCAACCGUACCGGGACACACUGCAGUUGACGAGGGAUUUUGUUCUUAUUAAUGAUGAUUCUGAGUGUCUCCAAGGCUUUUAGGAGAGAGGACCCCAUACCCAGCCAAAAUCGACACACCUGUUUCAGAGAAACUUGAACUGCAUGCUUUCUUUUUUUAAAAAUUAAAAACCUCGAGGGAGGGGAAAGGAGGAGGAGGGGGUUGGGCCUUUUUUUUUAAUGGUCCCUAAAGUCAGACAUGAACUGUGCUUUCCCCCCUCCCUUCCUCAGAGACAGGUUCUGUGUGCUUUUUAAAUUUAUUUUACGAGAAACUGUGCAGUCUGUAAACCUUUUUAUGAUAACUUCUGGCGUCAACGUGGUUGUGAAAACUCAAUGAAGUAGCGGUAACAAAUUCUAAUUUUUUAUUUUAUUUUUUUAAUUUUAUUUUUGCUUCCCCCUCCCCCCAAUGGAUAUAACCUUUGAGGAAGAAAAAAGGGGAUGGGUUGUUGAGGGUGGAGGGGUGGGGAAGGGAACUUUUUGCUGCAAAAACAAACAAUAAUAAAAAGAGAUUUAAAGAAACUAGUCCCCACAUUCUAAAACUUCGAUUCCUCCUUUUAAUUCCCCUCCUCCUUGGGUGGGGGUUUGUACUCAAACUCUCGCAUGACUUCAGAAGGAACAAGGGAUCUUGCAGAUCCCUCUGUAGAAAUCAUUUCGACCCAGGCCCGUUUUCAUUGGGGACAAAUUUCAAGCACUGAUGUUGAUGAUCCAAGAUUAUAGAGCUACUAAAAAUGACAAAUGUUUCCUUAAUGUCUUCUUUACCAGAAUGUAAAUAUUUUUGUGUUUUUUGUGUUUAAUUUGUUAGAAUUCUAACACACUAUAUACUUCCAAGAAGUAUCUCAAUGUCAAUAUUUUGUCAAUAAAGAUUUAUCAAUAUGGCCUAACAACUUUAAGCACAGUUUUUCCCUUCGGAAAGGUUAAGUCCCUGCCACUUCUCUCUUCUCUGCUGGCCCAUAGAGCCGAUGACCUUGAUUUGAUGCUAGCAACAGGCUAGAUAACAGGGAAGCCCAGUAUAGAUCUCUUCAUCCUGACCCUCAAAAGCAUUCCUCCCCCAAACCAUUCCCAGAGCAAACGGAGGAGUUUUUCUACAGUAUGUCAGAACCGGCCCAACUAAAUUUCUAAGUGUGCAUCUAAAAAUGUAUUAUGGAUUUCACGGAAACGUCUCUCUGUGUGUGUGAAUUCGUGUGCCAUGCACGCGCAGGCACCAGAAAGUCAGAAUUAGCUGCCUGCCCUGACUGUGCAGCGCCUACGACAUGGCAACCUCGGGUUUGUUUGUGUUUAUGUGUGUGUGAGAAAGUGCCCUGUGAUUGUACUCCUAUGAAAUCACUAUAGCCGGAAGUAAUCUUUCCUGGAAAUAAAUGGGCUCUCCUUCGUGGGCGCGUUUGCAUAGCUGCUGUUUUAGUUCCAAAUACUCUCUAACUGGCUUGUUGAUCGCUCUGCUGGCGAGUCCAGGUACCUAUUAGUCGAGGACAGCUUUGUUAAAUCGGAGGCUCCACUUGAAUCAACGCGACUUUACUUCCGCAUUAAGGGGGGUGGGCGGGUGAGUAUAAAGCUCAUUUGGUCAUUUUUCUUCCUUUAAAACCUGGCAUCGCGGUUCCGUUCCUUCAUUUUAACCUCGCAUCCAACACAUGCAAGUCAACUCUUUUCAAUUCCACCCGAACUUCCUGCAGCUUUACACUCACUUAACUUGAGAAUGCGUCCCCGGUCUGACUCAGUGGGGCUUACUUACUGUUGAGUAGACCCGGAUAGCAUUGCGCCGCUUCUGGCAUGCUUUUAGGAUAAGCGUAGGACGACGCUUUAGAAGCAAGUCUAAAACGAGGCGUUCCACAGCUGUAGCAGGCUUGCCAAGUAUUCCUUGGGAGCAGGAGAAGCUGGUUGGAUUUUUAUUUGUUUCAUUAUCGUAUUAAUGUUUAUACUUUCCGAGAGAGCGAGGUGGGGGCAUAGGAAGGGGAAGGGAGGUUUGCCAACUUGAAAAAGAAAAGGGUAAAAAGUUUCCCCUAAUCUUUGAGGAAGCUAGCUGGCUUUCUGGGGGUGCCCCAGGUUGUUGGUUUUUUCCCCCUCCAAAAAAAAAAUUUAAUUCAUGCUUCAUUUGCUCCUUAGCCUGAUAGGCUGCAUUAAUCAGUUUUCUUUCCAUUGACAGCGCAAACCUCGUCUGCAGUGUUCCAGCUACAAAGACUUUUUUGUCGAAGUGCAAAUCAGUUUAGGCAAUUAUCAUACCAGGAAUAUGAAGGGGAAAGAGGAGCCAUUGCCCAGUGGUCUCCUUUAAUCUCUUAAUCCGUGGAUCCAGGGGGGCUAGUUGGACAUAAUUUAGGACAAUCUGACUACCCUUUACACUGUGAUAAGGCGAAGUUACAAUGCGUCGCAGAAAUACCAGCUUUGUUCAGCAUCCUGCCUUGAAAGUUCAGAUUAGGCAUUCCGCGCACGUGCUUGUCCAGUAUAUGGCACUAUGGAAAUUCGGUUUAAAAGGUCCGGGUCGGGUUCUUUUCUUUUUUUUAGGCCUUUAAAAAACAAUGAUGAUGAUUAAUCAUAAUAAUUAUAAUGGCCGCUCUUUGUUUCUCCUUUCGAUCCUAAUGGGUGACUUUCCACCCAGAGAGCAGUGAGAACGUGAAGGUGCCCUGGGAGAAAUUCCCUCUUCUGUCCCUUCAACCCCGCCGUUUCCCACUCCACAUCUAGGAGCCAAACUCCUAAGGUAAACUUCUCUUCGCCUUUCUCUUUCCUUUCUCCUCCUCCUCCAUCUCUCAUUCUUUCCCCUCCCCCAGCCUUUCUCCUCCUCCUUCUCUCUCUGUCUCUCCCUUUUAAAACGCCUCUUCCAAUAAAAUCGGGCCACGGGAGUUUGAUUUCUUUAGCACCUUAAAAAAAAUUCCCUGCUAUAAAAUAAAUUGUUUUGUUUUGAUUGUUUUUUUUUAAAAAAAAACCCUCCACCCAUUACCAAUCUUCCUAGGCUUUAGUCCUCGAAAUGGUUUCCUAUCUUGAUUUUAUUUUUUAUUUUUUAUUGGAACAGCUUAUUUUUGCCCCCUGCGAGAUGCGGGAGCCUCUCGCUUCGGAUAAAUAAAUAAAUAAAUUCCCCCUCUUUCUUCCCUUAAACCGCAAAAAAGGGGGGAGAGAGAGGAGAUUGAAGGAAAGGGGAGAAGAAGAAAAAAUAUAUAUUAAGCGUCCUAUGUAGCGUAACAGCAAUAAAAUCUUCAGAGAAUGCUAUUAGCUUUGGGGGGGGGGAGGGAAACCCCUAAAAGCUUUAUUACAAACCAAGCUUUGAAAAUAGGGGGGAUUAGGAGUCUGAAAGAGUCCCACAAUGGCUAGAAGAAAAGGUUUCAUGCUAAUGAGGUUAAUGCCCUUUGUAUCUGAGGACUCCACAACUUCAUUACUCGCUAUCUCAGGCUCCACCGAGCGGCUCAGAACACUGCAGCCCUCUCCAGCUUCCCCCUUCCCUGCCUAAAGAAGGAUUUGAUAGCAGCUCUGUUCAAACUAGAUAAUUAUAUCUUUUCAAGUCGGAAUUAAGAUAAAGAAAGUGAAGCAAAAGGCGGCUCGCCUUGAUCCACUGCAAACAAUUUGGGCGCACUUUUCUCUCUCCCUCCCUCUCCCUCUCCACCCCCCUCCGCCCCCGUUUCCAUAAGAAGCAGGACGCUUGGAAUUAUUAAGUCCUCAUUUGCUUUAUUAAUUCAUCUCUUUUAAAGUGCGCCCGGAUUACGCAGGCCGCGCUGCGGCUGCUGCGCCCGACGUUAGCGUCCGAAGGCGGGGAGGGGACCAACUUUGCGCCCCCUCCGCAAAAAAAGAUGAGACCCGAUGGGCCGGACCGGGGGGCAAAGCGAGGUCGGGGGCGUGACAGUGGCGGAGAUGGAAAGCGGGGAGCGGAGGCUAGGGGAGGCGGUUCUGGGAGCUGGAGGAGGACCGCGACGGGGCUGACCGGGCGCUUUCCCAAAGUAGGUGCUGGAACGACUUCGGUCGCCUUCACUCCUGGUGUCUAGAAAAUGCUUUUCUCCCUGGCUCUGCUCUCUCUUGCCCUCCCUCUUUUAGCCCGCUCCAAUACUGUACUUGGUUGACUAAUAAAUCCUUUCAAUAAGACUUACUCCCAAGGAAGCGCACCUGGCUUUUAUUCCUCUCGGUGACACACACAGACCUACAUAGGCCGAGCCAAUGCCGUGCAAAUAGGUUCCAUUGAUGUAAAUGGGGGCUAAGUCCUCGUUGCUUUUACAUACACCCAAACA